CUUUCCCUCCCCCUUCCCACGUGCGUAUCCCUCCCCCACGUAAAAUGGACACGACAAGGCUAAGGUUUCUCUUCCAAAAGGAGCUCAAGAACAGUGACGUCAGCUCCCUCCGGAGAAUGAUACUGCCCAAGAAAGCGGCAGAGGCGCACCUUCCGGCUCUAGAUUCCAAGGAAGGGAUAUUCAUAAGCAUGGAAGACUUGGACGGUCUCCAUGUCUGGAGCUUCAAGUACAGGUAUUGGCCGAAUAACAACAGCAGGAUGUACGUACUCGAAAACACAGGUGACUUUGUGAAUGUUCAUGGGUUACAGCUCGGGGACUUCAUAAUGGUGUACCAAGAUCAUCUAAGCCACAAUUACGUGAUACAAGCGAGAAAGGCGUCGGAAGAGGAAGAAGAAGAAGAAGAAGACGUAUACGUAGGCCUCGCGAGGAUCGACGAGAGUAAAGUUGACGACGACAUCUGCCUCGUACGAGAUUUCAAUAUGGACGCGACGAAAUCGAGCGGCCCUAGCUACUACCCCGUGAUGGACGGCUCGUUCGUCUACGACACGACCAAGUUGACGAACGACACUCCUCUUGAUUUCUUGGGAGGAUCCAUGACCUCCACCACCUCCUCGUAUUGUACCUUCGGAUCCUUUGACAGCUUUGGCUUCUCCCUCGACGACUUCUGCUAAGCCGUUGUUCGUUUUGUAGCAUUUACUGUAAUCUUAUAAUGAUAAUAAUAACAAUAAUAACGCAUUUCGUGUCGGUAAUAAUCUUGGUCCGACAUUAGGAGAAACCCUUUUUUUGUGUUCCCUAUAGUUUCUCGUAUGUUUUUUGUUUUUUUAUGAUGUUUCAUGUUUCCUUUCGUCACCGGGAGUGACAAAUAUCUCUUUUAUAUGUAUAUGAACAUAUGUUUCUGUA